GAGAUCCGUGUAAGCGUUAAAGCGCCGACAUGACUGCGGACAGGAAUUCCGCGUGGUGUAAUCCUCGGAAUGGAAUGGAACAGGGUGACGUUGUGAUGAAAUGGGAUGGCUUGGUCGUGCUGCAAACCAAAUAUUAGCUCUGCAGCUGCACUGUUUUUCAAUUAAACUAGCUGAAUGCUCCUUCAGUCGUGCAUUAAAAUGAAAAUUUAAUCACGCCAACGGCCAUGGCUGCGAAAUGAAUCACAUUCGCUGACCUGAACCUGAACCCCACGACUCCUCGAUCGGGAAAAGGAAAAAUGCGAGGCUGAGGCCAUGGAGGCGCAUACGUAUUGUGAGGAAAUAUGUAAUUAAAUUUUUCUCCCGUAUGUCAUGUCUUCGCCUCGAGCAAGCUGAUGGUUUUUUUAUGAAGGCUUUAUGGGGUAGUCGUGGUUCUUCACACUACAACGGCUAUCAAGCAAUUGGA